UAUGAAGUAUCAGAUCCCAUAAUGCUUUACUACUUAACACUACACUACACUACAGUCUCUAAUGGCCUCUGUGUAUAGUGCUGCAUUCACUCAUGACUGCCCAUUUCUCGUGAAGCUUAUUACCUCACAAAGAAAGGAAUUUUCUUUCUCACCCUCUUAACUAUCAGACCCACAAAUCUCUCUCUCUCUCUCUCUCUCUCUCUCUCUCUCUCUCUCUCUCUUUGAGACAGAAGGGAAAAAAAAACACCUGGUCCGUGAUAUCUGUACCCCAAAAACAGUAUACACCUGUUUUAUAUUUAUUCUUCUUCUUCUUCUUUUUCUAUUUCAUUCAUAGAAGAAAGUCUUUUGCUUUCUUGACCCUCAAAGUAAUUUUUUUUUUCUUUUUCUCUUGUUUGGUUCUGUAAUUAAUCAUGUUUAGUUGAUAAGAAAGAUAUGGGCAUUUUCCAAACACAACCCAUGUUCUAUAAUCUAUAAUGCAACUCCUUUUUGCUACCCUUUUGUUUGCUUCUUCUUGUUUUGGACCUUUCUCACUCUCACUUUCUCUGAUAUGUGUAUCUGGGUUUCCUUAUAAACCAUUGAUUUGCUAAAAACCUCUGGGGUUUGGGGGGUUUAAAGUUCCAUUUUUUAUUUUUAAUUUUUGCCCUUUUUUCUUAUUCAAGAAAAGUUCAAAACUUUCUUUGGUGUUUUAGAUUUUGUGGGCAUUUCUAUUUUAGCCACUUAAAUAAUUUUUUUAAUGACAGAAUGGUAAAGGUGGCGUUUUUUUUUUCUUUUUAGCUUAAGGUUUUUCUUUUACUGUUCUGGAAACUUGAAGCUGAGGUGGGAAGCAGUGAAGAGAGAAAAUUUGUCUUCUUGAGAGUUGAGAGUUUUGGAGGGUGGCAUUGAAGGGUUUUUCUUCUUCUUCUUCUUCUUCUUCUUCUUCUUUUGGCUCUUUGAUCAUUGGAGUUUUGGGUUUGGUUCUGAAAUUGAUUUUGUUUCCUAAAACAGAAGCUUUUCCAGCAGUAGAAGGCAAAGCCAAGCCAACAAAAAAUGGAAAAAUUGUUAUGGCUAUGUCUUCUGCUAGUUGGGUUUUUGUCAAAAUCACAUUUUGUUGGUGCUCAACUUCAAGAUCAAACUACAUUGUCAGCCAUUAACAAAGAGCUUUCAGUGCCUGGAUGGGGUAACAAAAGCUCAGAUUACUGCUCUUGGCCUGGUAUUACAUGCGGUUACAACCAUUCAAUGGUCAUAAAGCUUGAUCUUUCUCAUCAUGAACUCAGAGGUAAUGUCAGUCUAAUUUCUGAGCUCAAAGGUUUGAAGUGGCUUGACCUUUCUUACAAUAAUUUCCAUGGUUCAAUUCCUUCAACUUUUGGGAACUUGUCUGAGCUUGAGUUUCUUGAUUUGUAUCUUAAUAAAUUUGAGGGGUCUAUUCCCCCAGAGUUGGGUAACCUCAGAAACCUUAGAACAUUAAACCUCUCCAAUAACUUGCUUGUAGGAGAAAUACCAGAUGAACUUAAGGGGCUAAAGAGAUUGAAAGAUUUUCAUAUCUCUAGCAAUAGAUUGAGUGGUUAUAUUCCAUUUUGGGUGGGAAAUUUGACCAACCUGAGAGUUUUUACAGCUUAUGAGAAUAACUUAGGUGGUAAAAUUCCAGAUAAUCUUGGCUCAAUUUCUGAGCUGCAAUUGCUGAAUCUGCAUUCUAAUAAGCUUGAAGGUCCUAUACCGAAGAGCAUUUUCGGUUUAGGGAAGCUUCAAGUUUUGAUUCUAACUCAGAAUAAUUUGAGUGGUGAAAUUCCUGAAGAUAUUGGGAACUGCACAGGUCUUUCUAGUAUAAGAAUUGGAAACAAUGGCUUCACAGGUACCAUUCCUAGAGGAGUUGGAAACAUUAGUAGCCUUACUUACUUUGAAGCAAAUGAUAAUAAUCUCUCUGGUGAGAUUGUUUCUGAGUUUGCUCAUUGCUCUAAUUUGACCCUCUUAAAUUUAGCCUCGAACGGUUUUACUGGAACGAUUCCACCCGAGCUUGGAAAGCUUAUGAAUCUUCAGGAAUUGAUUCUCUCUGGAAAUAGUCUGUUUGGAGACAUACCCGAGUCGAUUCUCGGGUGCAAAAAUCUGAAUAAGCUGGAUCUAAGCAAUAACAGAAUCAAUGGUACCAUACCAGUGGAUAUCUGUAACAUGUCUAGAUUACAGUACUUGCUAUUGGGUCAGAAUUCGAUUAGAGGAGAGAUUCCUCAUCAAAUCGGAAGCUGUGGUAAACUGCUUGAGUUGCAAAUGGGCAGAAACUAUCUUACUGGCACUAUCCCAUCUGAGAUUGGUCACAUUAAGAAUUUGCAGAUAGCUUUAAAUUUGAGCUUUAAUCAUCUGCAUGGGGCACUUCCAGCUGAGUUAGGAAAACUUGACAAGCUGGUUUCUCUUGAUGUCUCUAAUAAUCAGCUCUCUGGUAACAUCCCAUCUGCAUUGAAAGGUAUGUUGAGCUUGAUUGAAGUUAAUUUCUCAAAUAAUCUGUUCAAUGGACCAGUGCCAGUUUUUGUUCCAUUUCAAAAGAGUCCAAAUUCAAGUUUUGUUGGGAAUAAAGGACUCUGUGGAGAGCCAUUGGAUUCUUUAUGUGGGAAUGCUGAUAGCCUUGAUCAACAGAGCCAUCACAAGGUCUCCUACAGGAUCAUCUUAGCUGUUAUUGGCUCGGGUUUGACUGUUUUUCUAUCUGUUACCAUAGUUGUUCUCCUAUUUAUGAUGAGAGAAAAACAAGAGAGACAAGCCAAAGCUGCUGCAGGUAUUGAAGAAGAAGUGGUAAAUAACCGACCGACGAUAAUAGCUGGAAACGUUUUUGUUGAUAAUCUAAGACAAGCAAUCGAUCUCGAGGCUGUUGUUAAGGCAACUAUGAAGGAUUCAAACAAGCUCAUCAGUGGAACUUUCAGCACUGUCUACAAGGCAGUUAUGCCAUCAGGGCUGAUUCUAGCUGUUAAAAGACUCAAAUCCAUGGACAGGACAAUCAUUCAUCACCAACAUAAGAUGAUCAAAGAGCUCGAAAGACUGAGCAAACUCUGUCAUGACAACUUGGAAAGGCCCAUUGGAUUUGUUAUUUAUGAAGAUGUUGCUCUUCUACUGCAUCAGUACUUACCGAAUGGCACAUUGGCACAGCUUCUUCAUGAAACCGCUAAGCAACCUGAUUAUGAACCCGAUUGGCCUACAAGACUCUCUAUCGCGAUUGGAGUGGCAGAAGGAUUGGCUUUUCUCCAUCACGUGGCUAUUAUCCAUCUCGACAUUUCGUCUGUGAAUGUUUUUCUAGAUGCCAACUUCAGGCCUUUGGUUGGGGAGAUCGAGAUAUCUAAGCUCUUAGAUCCAUCCCGAGGCACUGCAAGUAUUAGUGCAGUUGCAGGCUCCUUUGGCUAUAUUCCUCCAGAAUAUGCAUACACUAUGCAAGUUACAGCCCCAGGAAAUGUUUACAGCUAUGGUGUUGUCUUGCUCGAGAUUCUCACCACUCGAUUACCAGUUGACGAUGCAUUUGGUGAAGGAGUAGACUUAGUGAAGUGGGUUCAGACCGCUCCUGCAAGAGGCGAAACUCCAGAGCAGAUACUCGACGCCAAACUCAGCACGGUCUCAUUUGGGUGGAGGAAAGAAAUGCUUGCAGCUCUCAAAGUUGCAUUGCUAUGCACUGAUAGCACAUCAGCCAAGCGACCGAAAAUGAAGCAGGUAGUCGAAAUGCUUCAAGAAAUUAAACAAAACUCAUAAGUGAAUUUCGGGCUAAACUUUUCCGAGUAGAAUCUGAUUAGAUGAGAGUGUUUACUUUCUUGGAUAGCUAGUCAGCUUGUAACUAUAUUUGAAAACUGGGAAAAGGGUUAGUUGGUGAGUUAAUAUUCCAAGGAGAGGUCUGAUGAACAAUCAAUCUUUUGUAUUUUCCAAUGUGGAGAUGUAUGUUUACAUAUUAUUUUAAGCUUAAUUUUAUAAAUGAAAGGUAAAAUCUUAUACAACA